UGGAGGGUAGAAGAUAUCAGUUCAGUGAGACGCGCGAGUUCGCAUCGGUCAGUUGUACACUAUCGCGUUUGUUCAAAAUGCUUUGGCAUUUGGAGGGAUUUUCCCCACUCUCGAGUGCGAUCUUAGCAUUAGUCCUUUUGUUAUCCUUGUGCAGUGCGCAACACUGGCCUUACGAUGACUACGAUAUUCAAGGCGGUGAAGUUGAGAUCGAAAACGAAGCACCAAACAACAACCGCUUAUACAAUAAUCCAGCUGCCACAGUGAUUCAGCAAAUUCCUAAAUUCGGAUUUCAACCGGCCCGUCCGGAUGAGUUGGUUGUACCCGGUUUGGGGAUGGUUCGCGGAAAAGUUGGCUACAAGAAUAUAAGUGGCAGACCAAUAAAUUCCUAUUUGGGCUUAAAAUAUGGAGUAGUUCGUCCUGGUUUGGGCAGGUUUCAACAAGCCACUAUUUAUAAAAACUACAAUAAUGAGCCAAUUGACGCAACACUAGUGGCGCCGCAUUGUCCACAGUUUCCGGAUUUAGUGACCAUAAUAGAAUCGGAAGCGCGCCGUGAAAAUGUUGACGAUUGCCUUUCACUAAAUAUUCAUGUACCUUCCUAUGCAAUUCGACCUCAGGGAAGAAGUCGACUUUUGCCUGUGAUGGUAUUUGUCCAUGGGGAAAUGCUAUUCGAUGGAGGAGCUGAAGAAGGCCAACCAGAUUAUUUCAUGGAAAAAGAUGUUGUCUUAAUAUCAAUAAAUUACCGUCUUGCACCAUUUGGCUUCCUUACAACACUCACAAAUGAAAUGCCCGGAAAUGUAGCUCUCGCCGACAUACAGUUGGCGCUAGAAUGGAUUCAACAAUACAUACGUGCUUUCGGCGGUGAUCCACUGCAGGUGACUGUAUUCGGUCAGGCGGGCGGAGCAACUUUAGUACACGCACUAAGUUUAAGUGACAAGGCACAAGGUCUAUUUCACAGAUUAAUUCUACAGUCAGGUACUGCCUUGAACCCAUUGUUUUUGGAACAAGAUGCUCUAUCCAUAGCGCGCAGUUUUGCUAAUUUGGCUCGUUGUCCGCGAACAAGCGCCCAAGAAAUACAAAAUCUUCAUAAUUGUUUUGAGCGUUUAAGCACCACAGAAAUUCUAAAAACCAUGAAGCGGCAUUAUGUAGAAAACGAACCCCGUGGCUUGCAUUUCAUGGGAGGCUUCAAGCUAAGUGUAGGAGAUACCCUUGGAUAUCUGCCCGUCCAUCCUGCGGCUUUGGUCUCCAAUCGUACAUUUCCAAUAAUAGUUGGAAUGGCCAAAGAUGCUGGAUCUUUUAUUUUGACUAGUUUUUAUGAUGAAUUAUCUCGCUUGCGUUCAAAUAACGUUUCCGACUACAUCAAUGUUGUGUUGAAACACACAGCACAGCCGCGAGAUUAUUUAGUCUGGAAGAACUUGGCAUUACGUGAAAUAUUUAAUGCAGAGGAAAUACGUAAUCCCACUUUACAUUCUUUGAUCCCAGGAUUACUAGAGCUUACUAAUUUAAUUUUAUACCGUGCUCCAAUAAUUGACACGAUUAGAUUCACUUACAAGAAAGCUCCAACAUAUUUAUAUUCUUUCGACUACCGAGAAUACCAUCGUUUUGGUCAUUUGAAAAACCCACUUCCAUUUGAAACUGACGCUACACUUAGCGAUGAUAACAUUUAUCUCUUCCCAUACCCGAAAGAAGUGAGCAUUUUAAAUGCAAAAGACCGCGCUUUAUCACGCGAAAUCGUUACUAUGUGGACCGACUUUGCAACGUCUGGUGUUCCUAAUAAUGUCGAAGGCGUCUGGCCCAAUGUCACUAAUGGGAUAGGUCCAUUCUUGAGAAUUGUCAAUUUUAAAGCUUCAACGUUGGAAUUGGAUUAUCAUUUUGGAGAUGGAAUUCCAGUACCAAAUUUAUAUCCUGAGUACUUUACAAACACAACAUCGACAACCACAACCACAACAACCACUACACCAAGACCCUAUUUAAAUCAUCCUUCUUAUACGACUUAUUAUCCACAAUAUAACUCAAAUUAUAGGCAAAGCUAUCAGCAGCCAGACAAUUAUCAUUAUAGAUCACGUACAACCGUACUAAAUGGAAUGAACCAGUCGUAACUCUUUGGGCGUGAAAGCCAAUAUUAUUCUUAAGUUUCAAAUGUAAUUGUAUGUCUUGAAAAUAUGUACGUAUACGAAGAAAAAGGGCUAAAUACGAGUAGAAAUAUACGGAUAUAGAGAUGGUUCAAAAAAUUAUAAAAAAAAAAAUUUCAAGGCAAA